CAUUAUUCCAUGACCUUCCACGAUACAAAUAGCAUUGCACUAGUAUUUUUCGUUUACACAUUCUCCAGGUCAACCUUUGAUAUUUCUACUUCACUCGCCACCAGGAACAGACUUUCCAAAUCGAUGGCCCCCAACUGGACAGGAUAUUUUCGCCAUGGGUGGGACGUGGCAAGCCAGUCGAUUUCGGUCGCUCUUGAGUCAGCAAAGAAUAACCCAGCCAAGGCUGGUAUUAUCGCCCUAGGAACAAGCGGUUUAACUAUAGUUGCUAUGCCAGCAGUUGUCGCCACGCCAGUAAUCGGCGCUCUUCAUUGGGCUGGAUUUGGAGUAGGUGGAAUUAUCGGUGGCACUACAGCCGCUUCAGCUCAGGCUACAAUCGGCAAUGUAGUUGCGCCAAGUUUGUUCGCAACUCUAACAAGUGCUGGGGCGGGAGGAUAUGGUAUUGCUGCUAUUAGUGGAGCAGCUCAGUGGGUUGGAGGCACGAUGUUAGGAAUAGCGACAGCUACUAGUACUUGGAUGACGGUAAAGCAAUAAACAGCUCUUGUGAAGGGGU